GCUUUGGGUGACAACGGUCCAUAAUGAAGGUGGCUGCGGCGAGGCGCCCGGCUCCGCAGCGCCGGGUGGGGGUGGCGCCGGGGCCGCGCCUGUGAGACCUUGGGGGCCGGCGCGGUGAGAUGGGGGCCCGGCGCGGGGAGUGAGGUGCCGGAGCGGCGAGCGCAACUUUUCGCCGGAGGGGCUCUCACACUUCCUCCUCUGGCUCGUGGGCCUCCACCUGCAGCCCCUCUGCCCCCGCGUCCCGCGGGACCGGGACGGCGACGGCGGGGGCAUGUGGCGCUGGGUCCGGCAGCAGCUGGGUUUUGACCCACCACAUCAAAGUGACACAAGAACUAUUUACAUAGCUAACAGGUUUCCUCAGAAUGGCCUUUACACACCUCAGAAAUUUAUAGAUAACAGGAUCAUUUCAUCUAAGUACACUGUGUGGAAUUUUGUUCCAAAGAAUUUAUUUGAACAAUUCAGAAGAGUGGCAAAUUUUUAUUUUCUUAUUAUAUUUUUGGUUCAGCUUAUGAUUGAUACACCUACCAGUCCAAUUACCAGUGGACUUCCAUUAUUCUUUGUGAUAACAGUAACGGCCAUAAAGCAGGGGUAUGAAGAUUGGUUACGACAUAACUCAGAUAAUGAAGUAAAUGGAGCUCCUGUUUAUGUUGUUCGAAGUGGUGGCCUUGUAAAAACGAGAUCAAAAAACAUCCGGGUGGGUGAUAUUGUUCGAAUAGCCAAAGAUGAAAUUUUCCCUGCAGAUUUGGUGCUUCUGUCCUCAGAUCGACCUGAUGGUUCUUGUCACAUUACAACUGCUAGUUUGGAUGGAGAAACUAACCUAAAGACUCAUGUGGCAGUUCCAGAAACAGCAGCAUUACAAACAGUUGCUAAUUUGGACACUCUCGUAGCAGUGAUAGAAUGUCAGCAACCAGAAGCAGACUUGUACAGAUUCAUGGGACGAAUGAUAAUAACCCAACAAAUGGAAGAAAUUGUAAGACCUCUGGGGCCAGAGAGUCUCUUGCUUCGUGGAGCCAGAUUAAAAAACACAAAAGAAAUUUUUGGUGUUGCUGUAUAUACUGGAAUGGAAACAAAGAUGGCAUUAAAUUAUAAGAGCAAGUCACAGAAGCGAUCUGCAGUAGAAAAGUCAAUGAAUACAUUUUUGAUAAUUUAUCUAAUAAUCCUUAUUUCUGAAGCCAUCAUCAGUACUAUCUUGAAAUACACGUGGCAAACUGAAGAAAAAUGGGAUGAACCUUGGUAUAACCAAAAAACAGAACAUCAGAGAAAUAGUAGUAAGAUUCUGAGAUUUAUUUCAGACUUCCUUGCCUUUUUGGUACUCUACAAUUUCAUCAUUCCAAUUUCAUUAUAUGUGACAGUCGAAAUGCAGAAAUUUCUUGGAUCAUUUUUUAUUGGUUGGGAUCUUGAUCUCUAUCAUGAAGAAUCAGAUCAGAAAGCUCAAGUCAAUACUUCUGAUCUGAAUGAAGAGCUUGGACAGGUGGAGUAUGUGUUUACAGAUAAAACUGGCACACUGACAGAAAAUGAGAUGCAGUUUCGGGAAUGUUCAAUUAAUGGCAUAAAAUACCAAGAAAUCAAUGGUAGACUUGUAUCUGAAGGACCAACACCAGACUCUUCAGACGGAAACUUAAGUUAUCUUAGUUUUUCUCAUCUUAACAACUUACCCCAUCUUACAUCCAGUUCUUCUUUUAGAACCAGUCCUGAAAAUGAAACUGAACUAAUUAAAGAACACGAUCUCUUCUUUAAAGCAGUCAGUCUCUGUCACACUGUACAGAUUAGUAAUGUUCAGACUGAUGGCAUUGGGGAUGGUCCCUGGCAAGCCAGCCUUGCACCCUCCCAGUUGGAGUACUAUGCAUCUUCACCAGACGAAAAGGCUUUAGUGGAAGCUGCUGCAAGGAUUGGCAUUGUAUUUAUUGGCAAUUAUGAAGAAACUAUGGAAAUUAAAAUACUUGGAAAACUGGAACGGUACAGACUGCUUCAUAUUCUGGAAUUUGAUUCAGAUCGUAGGAGAAUGAGUGUAAUUGUUCAGGCACCUUCAGGUGAGAAGUUUUUAUUUGCUAAAGGAGCUGAAUCAUCAAUUCUCCCUACAUGUAUAGGUGGAGAAAUAGAAAAAACAAGAAUUCAUGUAGAUGAAUUUGCUUUGAAAGGGCUAAGAACUCUGUGCAUGGCUUAUAGACAGUUGACGUCUAAAGAAUAUGAGGUAAUAGAUAGACGCCUAUUUGAAGCCAGGACUGCCUUGCAGCAACGGGAAGAAAAAUUGGCAAAUGCCUUCCAAUUCAUAGAGAAAGACCUAAUAUUACUUGGAGCUACAGCAGUAGAAGACAGACUACAAGAUAAAGUUCGAGAAACUAUUGAAGCAUUGAGAAUGGCUGGUAUCAAAGUAUGGGUACUUACUGGAGAUAAACAUGAAACUGCUGUUAGUGUGAGUUUAUCAUGUGGACAUUUUCACAGAACCAUGAAUAUCCUUGAACUUAUAAACCAGAAAUCAGACAGCGAAUGUGCUGAACAAUUGAGGCAGCUUGCCAGAAGAAUUACAGAGGAUCAUGUGAUUCAGCAUGGGCUGGUGGUGGAUGGGACCAGUCUAUCUCUUGCACUCAGGGAGCAUGAAAAACUAUUUAUGGAUGUUUGCAGAAAUUGCUCAGCUGUAUUAUGCUGUCGUAUGGCACCACUGCAGAAAGCUAAGGUAAUAAGACUGAUAAAAAUCUCACCUGAGAAACCUAUAACAUUGGCUGUUGGUGAUGGUGCUAAUGAUGUAAGCAUGAUACAAGAAGCACAUGUUGGCAUAGGAAUCAUGGGUAAAGAAGGAAGACAAGCUGCAAGAAACAGUGACUAUGCAAUAGCAAGAUUUAAAUUUCUCUCCAAGUUGCUCUUUGUUCAUGGUCACUUUUAUUAUAUUAGAAUAGCUACACUUGUACAGUAUUUUUUUUAUAAGAAUGUAUGCUUUAUCACACCCCAAUUUUUAUAUCAGUUCUACUGUUUGUUUUCUCAACAAACACUGUAUGACAGCGUGUACCUGACUUUAUACAAUAUUUGUUUUACUUCCCUACCUAUUCUGAUAUAUAGUCUACUGGAACAGCAUAUAGACCCUCAUGUAUUACAGAACAAGCCCACCCUCUAUCGAGACAUUAGUAAAAACCGUCAAUUAAGCAUUACAAAUUUUCUUUACUGGACCAUCCUGGGUUUCAGUCAUGCCUUCAUUUUCUUUUAUGGAUCCUAUUUUCUAAUGGGGAAAGAUAUAUCUCUUCUUGGAAAUGGCCAGAUGUUUGGAAACUGGACAUUUGGCACCUUGGUCUUCACAGUAAUGCUUAUUACAGUCACAGUAAAGAUGGCUUUGGAAACUCAUUUCUGGACUUGGAUCAACCAUCUUGUUACUUGGGGAUCCAUUAUAUUCUAUUUUGUAUUUUCUUUGUUUUAUGGAGGGAUUCUCUGGCCAUUUUUGGGCUCCCAGAAUAUGUACUUUGUAUUUUUUCAGCUCCUAUCAAGUGGUUCUGUUUGGUUUGCCAUAAUCCUUAUGGUGGUUAUAUGUCUGUUUCUUGAUAUUGUGAAGAAAGUAUUUGACAGACAUUUCCAUCCUACAAAUACUGAAAAGGCACAGCUUACUGAAACAAAUCCAAGUAUCAAGUGCCUGGACUCCCUGUGCUGUUUCUCAGAAGGCGAAACAGCGUGCGCAUCUGUUGGAAGAAUGCUGGAACGAGUAAUAGGAAGAUGUAGUCCGACCCAUGUCAGCAGAUUAUGGAGUGCAUCGGAUCCUUUCUAUACCAACGACAGGAGCAUCUUGACUCUCUCCACAAUGGACUCAUCUACUUGUUAAAAGAGCAGUAGUACUUUGUGGGAGCCAUUCAACUCCUUUCCUAAAAUUCAUUGUGACAUCCUGGUUGGUAAUGGCCACACUAGCUCUGCAGAAUUACUUUCUGAAAUCUCUGUAGUUCAUACCCACUCAAAGUUCUAAUGGCAAACAAAAAAGGAUUUACAUGAAGCACUCUCAACCCCUUUAAUUUAAAUCUGAACGUGUUAAAAUUUAUGAAUAGACAUUUUCCAUCUCUUUGGGUUGUCCCUUGUGUUUGUGGGGCUCCUAAUGGCAUUUCAGCCUCUUGCUGAGGCCACCAUACUUUAACCCUUUGCACUCACUUGCUUUUUUCAUCGAGCUGCUACUGAUGCUAACUGUGUCGAGUCACACUCGACAUCCGAGUGCAAAAGGUUAAUAUCAAGGUUGAAAAGGUAAUUCAUAGUUAAUUGUAUUUUUGAGUAUUAGCUUACUUGUUGAGUCUUCUAUUUAAAUCUGCUUCUGUAAAUUAUGCUGAAAAGUUAGCCUUGAAAACUCUAUUUUUUUAUUAGAGUUAUAUUUGAAGCUUUUCAUGGGAAAAGUAAAUGUGAAUAGUAAGAAAUUUUGGUCCCUUAGUGACCAUGUUGUGAAUUCAUUACUGCUUUCUAAGUUCAUAGAGAAAAUUAGGAGAAUGCAUUUCUAACCAUUAUUUACUGCACUGUGGGUAGUAAAUAUAUACCAAUACCAAACUUCUCUUAAUGUACGUAACACACCAGUAAAGUUAACCAUACACAUGCAAAGUGUGUAUCAUAUCUUAUACAUAAAUUGGGAAUCAAGUCCAUUCACAAAAUUUCAAAUUGAUGUUUACUGAUAUUUUUAUGGCAGAAUAUAAAGUGGGUAAAUUAGCUAUCAUUAGCAUAUUAUUAUUUGAUGUGUUUUCAUUUAAUCUUUUGCAUGCUUUAAUCUAGUUAAUAUAUUUAAAUUUGCUUUUUUUUCUCUGAAAAUUGUUUAUAAUAUUUUAUGACACUGUUGUAAAGUUCAACUAUAUCAAUAAAAAACAAGUUUGGACAGUA